CUUCGUGAUCUGGCAUGAUGCAGAGAAAGUCCUUGAGGCCCGACAUGGCAGCUGGUCCUCUGGUUGACAAUAAGCGUGCCUGGUGUCUGAGCAUCGUUGCUGGCAGCUGGUUGUCGCUUCCUCGUCCCACGGCGCCCAAACUCAAAAAGCGCGACAGAUGAGAUCAUCACACUCAACACAAGACUAAAGCUGAAGCUGAGUAGCUGCCAUGAGAGAAGGGCUCUGAUAAACGCCGACAGUGACAAUGAGCGAUGCAGGAUUCGAGGCACCAGUCCCUGUCCCAAACUCCGUCCAGAAGGCAGCAGAUGAGCAAGUUUCCACAACCCGCUCAAAACCACCCAUCAGCCAGCUUCCCAUUACGGGCUUUGUCGCUGGCAUCUUCUCUGGCGUCACCAAGCUCGUUAUUGGUCAUCCAUUUGAUACUGUCAAAGUGCGUCUCCAAGUAUCCGGCGAGCGGUUCAACAACUCCGUUCUGCAAUGUCUGUCAGCGACCGUCAAGAAGGAAGGCUUUCGCGGACUUUAUAAAGGUGGCACGCCUCCAUUAUUUGGCUGGGCCGUCAUGGAUGCCGUCAUGCUAGGAUCCCUGACACAAUACAGAAGACUCUUGCUCUCGCUACAAGGAACAGGUGAGAAUAUGGCAGAGGGCAAAGAUGCAGGUCAUCUCAGCAUACCGCAACACUGUCUCGCGGGACUUGGCGCAGGCUUGACUGUUUCUUUUGUUGCAACUCCCAUUGAACAUGUGAAAGCAAGACUUCAAGUCCAAUAUGAUGUUGCAUCGCGUGCGUUUCGUGGGCCGAUAGAGUGUUCCAUGCAUUUGCUACGGACACGCAAACUCUAUAACGGCCUCGUGGCAACCAUGGCGCAGCGUUCUUGGUUCUCCGUCUUUUGGGGCUCUUAUGCCGUUGCGCAACAACAACUCGACAGAGCCAAGUAUACGGCGAAUUGGUCGAAUGGUGCGAAAUCCUUCUGGGCAGGGGGUAUGGCAGCUAGUAUCUAUUGGGUCUUUGCCUUUCCUGCCGAUGUCAUUAAACAACGCAUCAUGACAGAUCACCUCACCCAACCACGCUAUGCAGGCUGGCGCGACUGUGCGCGACAAGUCUGGCAAGAAGCUGGAUUACGUGGUCUCUAUCGUGGCUUCCUACCAGCUGCAUUACGAUCUUUCCCUACGAAUGCGAGUGCCGUCUUUGUGUUUGAUACGACUAUGCGAUUCAUGACAGAGCGAGGCUUUUAAGCCCAUCAUUAGCAUUCAUUGAUUUACGUCUAACCCCCCACUCAUUGUUCAAUACGCUUGCCUAUAUAUAUGAU